UUACAUAAGACUAGCUGCGCCCCACGGUUUCACCCGCGUGGAAUACUACAUAUUUAUUUUAUGUCGUUCGAGUUCCACUGACUGUUCAACUGCGUGUUCCUUCGUGAAUCAGUGGGUGACUCUUCUUCGUUUUCCGUAAAUCAGAUGUUUCGAUCGAUAUUUCUCGUUGUGAGUGCCACGAUGUCACAACUUUAUUUACAAAUUUUUAGAUUUCAAAGUGUGAACGUGUUUUUAUCAAAAUAAAACGUAGCAUAUGUUACUCAGUGAUAGUGUAGCUUUUUGUUACUGACAACAUUUUUAAAAUCGGUUCAGCAGUUCCGGAGACUACCCGAAACAAACAGACAGACACUUCAAUUUUACUUCAACUUAAUUGUGAUAGAAAAGAGAUUUCUUAUAAACGAAACAUUUAUAAGACGCAAUUUCGAAGUACAUCUCGUUUCGUGCAUAACGUAAUGACGUCGAGACAUUUCUGGAUCGUGUUUAGUUAAGGCAGUGAUAGAGGAUUACGUAUUCGCGCCGGAAGCACAGUCCUCGUGUCGAGUGUAAUAGUGUUAAGUUGGAAAGAGACUGUUAACGAUAAUGUAUAAGCCGAAAGUUUCCCUAAAGGAAGGUAAAAUACGAGGUAGUGUCGUGCCGAGUGUCCUGGGCUCCAGUUACAUCGCCUUUUUCGAGAUACCUUACGCAGCGCCUCCUGUUGGAAAACUCAGAUUCAAGGAUCCACAACCACCCGUUCCAUGGAAAGGUAUCAGAAACUGCGCCGUCUGUAAAGGCAUAGUCUGCACGCAGAGACUAGAACAAGAAUCAAACCAUAUUGUCGGAACUGAAGAUUGUUUGUACCUCAAUGUUUACACCAAAUCCAUCACCGAAACGAGGCCAGUCAUGGUUUGGGUCCAUGGCGGCGCAUUACAGAGGGGCAGUGGGAGUUACAGGUUCAUGAAGCCUGAUUACCUAGUCGAAAAAGACGUCGUCGUUGUUGCAGUUAAUUACAGACUGGGUGCAUUGGGUUUCCUAAAUCUGGGUCAUCCAGCUGCACCCGGGAAUCAAGGACUGAAGGACAUAAUUGCAGCCUUGCGAUGGACCCAGGAAAAUAUUGCCAAAUUUGGAGGAGAUCCUAAUAAUGUCACGCUCUGUGGUCAAAGCGCAGGGGCAUUGUUAACUCAUGCCUCAGCGAUAUCGCCGAAAGCGAAAGGACUCAUUCACAAAGCGAUUAUGCAAAGUGGAACCAUGCUGAGCCCUUGGGGAAUAGGUCAGAGCCGUCCAAAACGAGGUUUCAAACUAGCGUCGCUCUUAGGGAUAAACUCCACCGAUCCUGAGGAGGUCGUCGAUUUGCUCAGACAGCUACCCGACAAAGACAUCGUCAAGUUAGAGACUUCCGUUCUAUCGCAAAAGGAGAUAGACCUUUACGAUAUCCCCUUCGGAGUGAAUUACGACGAAUUCGCUGAGGAUCCUGUACUGCCUCUACCAUUGUCGCAAUUAUGUUCCAACGACGCGAACAUCCCCAUCAUGGCUGGACAGGUGACAUACGAAGGCCUCAUGCUGUGCUAUGACGACAACAAGAGCGCGAUGGAUGCUUACGAAACGCACCUAUUCGAUAUGGUGCAAACCUUAGGUUCGUUGAAAAACUUGGGGCCCGCGGAAGUGGACCAACUACACGAGACUGUCAAGAAAGUGUACUUCCCUAAUCCAUCCCUCUCGAACAUACUCGAAAGGUACCUGCAUUUCGGCUCGGAUGCCUACUUCACUAUCCCCCUGAGGUUGUACGUCGAGGAUCGUCUGAAAAGGGCGACCGCGGCUACUUACUAUUACUGGUUCACGUAUCUUGGAAACGAGAAGACGUACACGGAUAUCUUGAACUACCGUAAAAUAAAAGCCUCCUCGCACAUGGACGAACUGGUCUACCUGUUCUAUUGGCCACUUUGCAAAGUGGAUAAUCCUUCACCACCAGCUAUUGGCACCGAUGACAGAGCUAUGAUAGAACGUAUGACCACCUUGUGGACCAACUUUAUCAAAACAGGGAAUCCCACCCCGUGCAAAAGCGAUGUGGUUAAUGUCACGUGGGAACCAGCAACUAAAGAUAACUUCCGAUGCUACCAAAUCGAUCGAAAUUGCGAAAUGUUAACCUUGAAGCCAACCGUGGUGAGCUCAAAUGAAUUAAUAGUGCAACCAAAUGGUCAACUAUAAAUGAACUUGUUAAAUUAUACUACAUUAGUUGAAAGUAUUUUUUUUUUUUUUUUGCUAACUUCAACAAAAAGGUUUAACAGUGAAAACGGGCAAAAAAUCAUUGCGAAAAAAAGAGACGUCAUGGACGAUAUACUAACAAAAAUGAAACUGUUUUUACAAACGCAUACUUUGAUCAAAUACAGUUACAAAAAUGGGACUUCUAUAGAAAUCUGCUUUAUCCUUCAGAUGUUUUUAUUCCCGUCAGUUCAACCAAAAGUGUCUCCGAAAGUACCGCCGAAAGUAGCAUUUUCAUCGACCAAUACCUCCAUUCCCCUCAAUUACAUAAAAAUUCUACAAAUACUCACUCUGUCUCUUCGCAUCGAAAGAAUUAUAAAACAGUAACUAUGCAUAAUAACUAAAAAAAAAUUGUCGCGAUAAAGCUAGUUGAUGAACUCGAGGAACAACGAAAAAUUACGAUGACGCAACAGCCUCAGGUUUGGAUCCACAAACACGUUAGCGUGGAACGGUUGCGUCCGCGCGUGCAUUCGUGAUCGAUCGCUAUGAUUCAUCUACGGUUCGGGGAACGAAUAUGGGUUACAUACACCCGUGCGAUCGAGCCGUGGAAAUAGAAUCACGCAAACGCUUGUCCUAAAUCCCGAGCAUGUCGUUCUUCACUGCGAGCCGCACGAAAGCCACAGUGCACGGUGGGUAAAGCAAUGAGCGCCGUGCUCGGCCAUUAAUCGACCGUAUCCUUUAAUCCUUCAAACGUGUACAACCCGUAACUGCUCGUGGCAGCGGGAACGCCGCUUCGAACCUUGCCUUUGUUCCUCUUCGACUUCCGAGAAGCCUCUCGAUUUAGAUUU